AUGCCAGUCAAGAAGGAACCAGGCGAAAUGAGCGCCUUUGAGCGCAAACGACUAGAAAACAUCGCCGCCAACCGCGCCAUCCUGACAGACAUUUCCGUCACGGCAAAGAAGAUUAUUCCGGAUAAAGCUAGACCAGCGAAGCCUGCGGCGCCCAAGCGCAAAAGCCGCGGAGACCAAGUGAAACGCGAACCAAGUCGUCCCACGCGCAUGAGUUCACGCCUGGCCGGUAUCGAGGCGGAUAAUGAGACGCUGAAGCGCAAGCUAGAAGUCCAAGCAGAAAACCAAGCCGAGGUGGCAAAGGCCAAGAAGCUUCGUGUCGUGAAUGACUUGAACUUGGGCGACAUUGUGGUCGAGGGCAAGAAAUGGAGCGCCGGACUGGAUAGCCUGAAAGGCAUUGUGCGUGGCGCAGAACCCGGCGUGAGGACAUUCACCGAGGACGAUGUUCGAGAGACGACGGAUAAGAGUCUGAAGGACUUGCGACAACGGAUGGGCGGUCUCAAGCUAUAUGAACAUUGGCUUCCAAAUGACAUCAAAAUCACGCCGCAGCGCGUAUACGCCCUUGGACUGCACCCGACCGAGGACAAACCCAUCGUUUUCGCAGGCGACAAGGAAGGCAACAUGGGCGUGUUUGACGGCUCACAAACACCCCCUGAAGUUGGUGAUGACGACAAUCCGGUUACGGAUCCGGAAAUAUCGGCCUUCAAGACACACUCCAGAACAAUCACAUCGUUUUCCUUCUCCCCUGCAGACGCUAACACUGUAUACACCUCAUCGUAUGACUCGUCCAUCCGUAAAAUGGACCUCGAAAAGGGGACAUCCAUCCAGGUUUUCGCCCCCUCAGACAUCGACACCGACAUGCCCAUCUCAGCGCUGGACAUGGCGCACUCGGAGCCCAACAUCCUCUAUUUUUCAACUCUUGACGGCGGCGUAGGGCGCUACGACGUUCGCGCCCCGGGAAGCGAAGAGAUCUGGACGUUGUCGGAACAAAAAGUCGGUGGCUUCUCACUGCACCCUCUUCAGCCACAUCUCAUCGCCACCGCGUCGCUCGAUAGAACGAUGAAGAUAUGGGAUACCAGGAAAAUCUCUGGCAAGGGCGACCUCCGCCACCCGGCUUUGCUGGGAGAACACGAGUCACGGCUGUCUGUGUCGCACGCGUCGUGGAGUGCCGCAGGACACGUCGCCACAUCCUCGUACGAUGACACGGUCAAGGUUUACGACUUUACCGACGCAAGUAGCUGGAGGCCAGGACACGACAUAUCCGCCAAAGCAAUGGAGCCGAAACACAAGAUACCCCAUAACAACCAGACGGGUCGGUGGGUUACGAUACUCAAGCCGCAGUGGCAGCGACGCCCGCACGACGGCAUACAAAAGUUUGUUAUUGCAAAUAUGAAUCGGUUUGUAGACGUAUUUGCGUCGGACGGAAGCCAGUUGGCGCAACUAGAUGGCGAGGGAAUCACGGCCGUGCCCGCAGUGGCGCACUUCCAUCCGACGAUGGAUUGGGUCGCUGCGGGCAAUGGCAGCGGGAAGCUGUGUUUGUGGCAGUGA